UAAUAUAAAACGUGGUGUCCUAACAUAGAUCAAAUUAUUGCAGCAAGCCUAUUGCUUAUCCGGACAAUAUUGUCAGGAAUGUGCUAAAAUUAUAUAAAAAAUUUGAAGUAAGCAAAUAAGGCAAAAUAACUGUGCCCUGUGUUCAAAUUCUGUGAGCGAGUGGGAGCGAAAGAGCAAAGAGAGUACGCGCAGUAUCACACUCACGCUCAAGCAUAAGCACGGGAGAGCGGAAAACAAUCAUUUGUGUGCAUGUGAUGCCAAAAAUAAUACAAACUUUCAACUAAAAGAAAAAUCUUGCUGAAGCAAGGCGCGUACACACACACACACACACGCACACACACACACAACCAUACACACACAGUGCGUGAGAGCGAGUGCGAGAAUAUGUGAUCAGUGUUUGUUUUUCUUGAUAGCAAAUUCUACAUUAGUCUCUCUCUCUCACACACACACAUACACACAGAUAGACAGACAGAAUCGAAUUGAUGUGCCAUUCAGAGCAGCAAGCAACAUAGAAGCUAAGCGAGUAUUACAACAGCAACAACAACCACAAUAAGGCGCAUGUAGUAAAUGCAACAAUCCCUCCAUUGAACAAAAAGAAGAAGAAAGAACGCAAAACGAAGCAACACAGAAAUCAAACACAGUGUAACGAAUUUAAAACAAGAACGGCAACAAGGAAACAAGUUGCACGCAGCAACAGCUACAACAACAUCAAUCGAACGUUCUAUUUGAAUAGGCUUAACGCAUAUUAAAUGCCAAGAUAAGUCGUUAUCGCUUCAACACCGCCAUCAACAUAACACAGCAACUGCAACAUCAACAUCAACAACAGCAACAACAACUCAAGGAAGAGUCCAGCAUACCGUUCAAGAAUCGGAGUCGUAGUCGUGCAUUACGUGGCACAAAGGAUUGCAAGACGCCAAACUCAACGGCAAAAGUCGCCAACAUAACACAUAAAAUAUUUGGCUGGCUACGCAAAACGCGCAACAAGAAACCAGUCGCGAUUCUCGGCAGCGGCGGCAGCAGCAGCAGCACCACCACUGAUUUCGAGGACGAAGACGAGGACGAGGGCGACGCGGGCGUGGGCGAGGGCGUGGGCGUGGGUGUGGGCGUGGUGAGGCGUGCAACUAGUAGUGCAGCCGAAAAUAUAUCUCAAUUGUCAAACGUUGGAACCAAAGCCGGCAAGCUGAAUACCACACAGUCAGCCACGGAGACCGCCGCCAUCGAUACAAACGAACCCAAAUCUGAAAAGAUGUCAUCGGGCACGUUUGUGGAUCGAAUCGACCCGUUCGCCAAACGUUCGCUCAAAAAGAAGAGUAAAAAAAGUCAAGGUUCCUCGCGCUACAGAAACUCUACAGAUGUUGAGCUGCAGCAAUUGCCACCACUAAAAGCUGAUUGCUCGAGCCUUGAACAGGAGGAGUUGUUUAUACGGAAAUUACGUCAGUGUUGCGUAUCAUUUGACUUUAUGGAUCCUGUUACGGACUUGAAGGGCAAGGAAAUAAAACGUGCUGCUCUCAAUGAUCUAUCCACCUAUAUAACACAUGGUCGCGGCGUGCUUACGGAACCGGUCUAUCCCGAAAUAAUACGCAUGAUUUCUUGCAAUUUAUUUCGAACAUUGCCGCCUAGUGAAAAUCCGGAUUUCGACCCAGAAGAGGAUGAUCCAACACUGGAGGCGUCUUGGCCUCAUUUGCAGCUGGUAUACGAGGUGUUCUUGCGCUUCUUGGAAUCGCAAGAUUUUCAGGCGACCAUUGGCAAACGUGUGAUCGAUCAAAAGUUUGUGCUGCAGUUAUUGGAGCUGUUCGAUUCGGAGGAUCCGCGCGAGCGGGACUUUCUGAAGACGGUCUUACAUCGCAUCUAUGGAAAAUUCUUAGGCUUACGUGCUUUUAUACGAAAACAGAUCAAUAACAUAUUCUUGAAAUUCAUCUAUGAGACGGAGCAUUUCAAUGGCGUUGGCGAACUGCUCGAGAUUCUUGGCAGCAUAAUUAACGGCUUUGCUUUGCCAUUGAAGGCGGAACAUAAACAAUUUUUGGUUAAGGUCCUGUUGCCGUUGCACAAAGUCAAAUGUUUGUCGCUCUACCAUGCACAGCUGGCGUAUUGCAUUGUACAAUUCCUAGAGAAGGAUCCAUUCCUCACCGAGCCGGUAGUGCGUGGCCUGCUUAAAUUUUGGCCCAAAACAUGCUCCCAAAAGGAGGUGAUGUUCCUGGGUGAAAUUGAGGAGAUAUUGGAUGUGAUCGAUCCGCCACAGUUUGUCAAAAUACAGGAGCCGCUGUUCCGUCAGAUAGCCAAAUGCGUAUCGAGUCCACAUUUUCAAGUUGCUGAACGUGCUCUAUAUCUGUGGAAUAAUGAAUAUGCAAUGUCGCUUAUUGAGGAGAACAAUCCUGUCAUAAUGCCCAUUAUGUUCCCGGCGCUCUAUCGCAUUAGCAAGGAGCAUUGGAAUCAAACGAUUGUUGCGCUCGUUUACAAUGUAUUGAAAACGUUUAUGGAAAUGAAUUCAAAGCUAUUCGAUGAGCUAACAUCCAGCUACAAGGCGGAACGGCAAAAGGAAAAGAAACGCGAACGCGAUCGUGAGGAGCUAUGGAAGAAGCUGCACGAACUCGAAUCAAAUCGUUCCAGCGGGCGCGCCGCAGGCGGCAGCGCUGCAACAGCGAACAGCGCAACGUCCGCUACGGCGGCGUCAGCUGGUGCUGCGUCGGCGUCGGUGCAGACCCCAAAUGUAGCCAACUCUCAUCAGCAACAGUCGAAUAGCAGCAACAGCGUUGCUGCUGACAAUAAUCCUGCGACAGCAAAUGCAAAAAUAAAAACCGAAAAGCCAGACAACUAAACAGAUGCAACGCAAAGCGCGCUGGAAACUUAUUGAUAAAUAUCAACAAUAAUAAUAACAACAACUGCAACAGGAGUAACAGCAACAGCAAGAACAGCAACAGCAACAAUCACAAUACAGUUAAAUGCAACAACACGAACAACAAUAAUCACAACACAUAAAAUGUCAGCCGGCUCACGCACACAUACACACACACCCAAACACACACAAUCACACACAUACACACACCUACACACAUCUAUAUAUAUAUAUAUAAAAUUUAAAAAAAAAAUCAAAGAAAAUGAAUUAAGUAUGAAAAUUUGUUGAGCUGGCGCUAAAUAGUUAUAAACAAACAAAAUGCAGCUUAUGCUAAAAACUUAAAAACAAAAUAAUAUUAAUAAAUAUGAAAACUAAACUAAUUUGUAUACUCGUUUAACAAGGACACCAAAAGCAAGUCGGCAGGACACGUUGUGAGUUUUGCAAGCGGCGUGGCUAAACUAAAUACAUGAGAGGAGCGCAACAAAAAUUCUACAUAAUAUAAUAAACACACACACACAUACAUAUUAUAAAUACAUAUAAAUAUAUA